CUACCCAGCCAGCCAGCCCUUGCCUGCUUCAGAUCCAACUAGAUAUGUGCCUCUGUGAUUUAUAUUUGUAAGCUCUCUGCAAUCUCAUCCCACUUGAAGUCCAGAACCCUUUCUGCUUUUCGAGUGUCUUUCCCUAUUAUAUUAUAACUCGUAUCUUUCUGGAAGAAGACCAGGCCAUUCACGGCCUCCAAAACUUGGUUUAAAAGAUGACACAACUUGAUCAGACACUCGCAACGGCGGUUGAAGGCCUCCAAGCCGGAUCACCUACUUCGGACAAUCACGCGACUCUCUCCUCGAGUGAUUCUCUCCAGAGCCUGGUGACCCGUUGGCUUGAAAGAGCCCAAGCCUGUUUUGACGAGAAAGAUGUGGAUCAGUUUGUCGACUUGUUUUCAGAAGACGGAUAUUGGCGAGAUAUUCUGACGAUCGAGCUCGACUUCAACGCGCUCGCCAAAAGCGCCAUCAAGCCGUAUCUCAACCAACACUCGCUUCCAUUACCGGCUCUCAAGAAUCUCGAGCUGGACCGCUUGGAUCAACUCAAGCUGACCGAAGACGGACUGAUCCAAGCGUUCAUCAAGUUCGACACGGAGGUCUACAGAGGCACCGGAUUGCUGAAGCUCAUCGACACUCGGCUGACUUCCCCUUCGACAUCCAUUAAAGCUUUCUUGUUCUUUACCCAAGUUUGGGAAGUCAAAGGGCACGAAGAACGGCGCGGCUUUCGUCGUCCCCUCGGAGUUUCGGAACAGGUGUCCGCUGAGAAGCGGCCCCUGAACUGGUUGGAAGAGCGUGUCCGGAGCUCUGAACGGUACAAAGAUGGGGUUGAUCCUACCGUUUUGAUCAUCGGUGGUGGGCAGAAUGGGUUGAGCCUAGCGGCCCGGUUGAAGGUGCUCGGAAUAGAUUCGUUGGUCGUCGAGAAAAGUGAGCGCUUAGGAGACUGUUGGCGGAGGCGGUAUGAUUCGCUCUGCUUGCACGAUCCGGUGUGGGCGGACCAUUUGGCUUACAUGCCUUAUCCUCCGACAUGGCCGGUCUAUACACCCAAGGAUAAGCUGGCCAACUGGUUUGAGCAUUAUGCCGAGAGCAUGGAGCUCGAUGUUUGGUUGCAAGCCACGCUGGUCCCGGGGGCGGAGUACGACCCGGAGAGUGAGUGUUGGACGACUGAUGUCCGACUCUUCGGCACCGAGGGAACGCCGGCGAGGAGCAUCCGACUCCGACCCCGCUACUUGGUCCUGGCCACCGGCCUCAAUGCCGCGCCCCAAUGGCCUACCAACAUUUCUCACUUGGAUUCCUACGCAGGAACAGUCGUCCACUCGAGUCAGUUCAAGUCUGCCAAAGAGUGGCGCGGCAAAUGCGCCGUCGUCGUCGGCGCCUGUAACUCGGCACACGAUAUCGCCGCUGAGCUUUAUAACAACGGGGCCGCCGAGGUCACAAUGGUCCAGCGUUCUAAGACCUUUGUCAUGUCCAGUCAACAUGGGAUAUCCACCCUGAUGAAAGGCUUGUACGAGGAAGGAGGCUUAGCGACGGAGGAUGCCGACCUGAUCUUCACCAGUCUACCCAUCAAUCUCCUCGAGAUCAUCCACACCAAGAUCCAAGAAAACAUCAACAAACUCGACCAUGAGCUCUCCCAGAGUCUCGAAAACGUCGGCUUCAAGGUCGACCCUUAUCCUUCUGGAAUGCUCAUCAAAUAUUUCAGACGAGGCGGAGGAUACUACAUAGAUGUGGGCUGCUCUCAACUGAUUGCCUCCAGAAAGAUUCACUUGAAACAGGGCCAUGAGGUUGCUAGAUUGACGGAACAUGGGCUCCGGUUUGACGAUGGCGAAGAGAUCCAAGCCGACAUCAUUGUGUUUGCAACAGGAUACCAAUCCAUCCGAUCGAGCAUCCACCAGUUGAUCAGCGAGACCGUGGCCCAGCGUCUGGGCCCGGUGUGGGGGAAAGACAGCCAGGGCGAGAUCCCCGGGACGUGGCGACUGAGUGGCCAGCCCGGCUUAUGGCUGAUGUGUGGCAACUUACGAUGGGAUCCUUUGGUAUUAACAACCCUCUCUCUCUCCCUAACCAUACCAGUUUCCAAGCCCGAUGUUACUCCAAACAUCUCGCCACCCAGAUCCUUCUCCAAGAGCUCAAGAUCCACGACAAGAACUGGCCCGGAAGAGCGCAUUCGAAGGUGUGCAGGGCCUAACCAUCUGGUGGCCCGCUUCUAAUACAUAAUCUACAGUUGCCCGGUUUGAGCACCUUUUGGUACUCUUGCACCACAGAAGAUUGCACGUCCAACGCUAUUGCGUUUUCUAAAUAGCCACUCACACAAGACAUGACAGCAUGAAAACAUCCCUUCAGCAAUUCUGACUAGUAAACCAGACCCAUCCAUGUCAUCUUAACAUGUUAAUUUGUUUUUUUUCCCUUCUUCUUUUUUUUUGGAUAAUUGUUCAAACAUGGUAUUAUAAAUACAUGAGAGUAAAUAGCGCAAGAAGAAUGCCAGCCCAUUUGACCAUCACCAAGUUUUUCUUUCAGGUUGAACAAACGCAUGGUUGAGUGACGACGGCAGAGACCCUGAAAAAGAAGGGCCCAAUUAAUCAACACACUUAUUUCCCUCGACUCGAGUUAUAAUGUGCGAGAAAACACACAC